GAAUCACGAUUCCUUUCUUCUUCAUCGUUAUCGUCAUCGACACGCAAAUGACCCUUGCGGUUGAUCUGAUGAGUCCUUAUCAUUUUGCUGUGUCAGGAAGAGAGAGAGAGAAUAAGAAAAAGAAUUGUGUUUGACGACGCGACCGAAAGUCGUUGUUCCAUUCCGUCAUUACGACAUUGUCAUUCGCUUGGACGCAGAGUUAAGGAAAGUACUAUCAGCGAUCAGUUUUCACGAUACAUCUUAUUUGUUUGAGCUUUCGGAAAUCGACGAUUUGCAUCGUCAUUAAUUCGCUAUGAAUCGUCAAAACGUCGACGUGGUCAUUACGUCAGCGGACAUCACUAUAGGGCCGAGAGUGCGAUUUCCGGAUGAUUCGAACGUAUUUCCUGAGGAAUCGAUUCACCGUACCAUGCUCGGCCUUAACGUAGGACUGACGAGGAACGAUCGUAGCGAACAAGAUCUGGAAAGCUACAGCGAGGGCAUUCACGGCGUCCGCACUGAUAAACGCGAGUUGGGUCACAGAAUCUUCGUCAAUCGAAGUCUUCACUUGGAAAAUAUCAAGUUUUAUGGCUUUGACAUGGAUUACACAUUGGCAGAGUACAAAUCGCCGCAGUACGAGCAAUUGGGUUUUAAUCUGCUCAAGGAUCGUCUAGUAUCUUUGGGAUAUCCUCAGGAAAUCAAGGCCUUCGAAUACGAUCCCAGUUUUCCCGUUCGUGGAUUAUGGUUCGAUACCUUGUAUGGAAAUCUUUUAAAAGUAGAUGCUUAUGGAAACAUCUUAGUUUGUGUCCAUGGUUUCGAGUUCUUAAAACAUUCUCAGGUCUAUGAACUUUAUCCAAACAAAUUCCUACAAUUAGAUGAGUCUAGAGUUUAUGUGCUCAAUACUUUAUUCAAUCUACCGGAAACCUAUUUGCUAGCCUGUCUGAUAGACUUUUUCACAAAUUCGCCCCAAUUUAGCCGAGAAAAAACUGGAGUGAAAGAAGGUGAGCUCACUAUGAGCUUUAAAAGUAUAUUUCAGGAUGUCAGAAAUGCGGUAGAUUGGAUACACCUCCACGGUAAUUUAAAGACAAAGACAAUCGAGAAUUUGGACGAGUACGUAAAGAAGGACGAGCGAUUGCCCAUGUUUCUUGCGAGAAUCCGAGAGAGCGGAGCGAAAGUAUUUUUAUUAACUAACAGUGAUUAUGUUUUCACGGAUAAAAUUAUGACUUAUUUAUUCGAUUUUCCACAUGGUGCAAGGCCUGAUGAACCGCACAGAGAUUGGAAAACAUAUUUUGAUGCAAUUGUGGUAGAUGCCAGAAAGCCAUUGUUCUUUGGAGAAGGGACAAUUCUGCGACAAGUGGAUACGAGGACAGGCGCUUUAAAACUUGGUACACAUAAAGGACCACUUCACACAGGGGAAGUAUAUUCAGGAGGUUCGUGCGACGUGUUUACAGAAUUUAUUGGUGCAAAAGGAAAGGAUGUGUUAUAUGUUGGUGAUCAUAUAUUUGGUGAUAUUUUAAAAAGUAAAAAAAUAAGAGGUUGGAGGACAUUUUUAAUAGUCCCUGAAUUGGUCCAAGAGUUGCACGUUUGGACCGAUAAAUGUCAAUUGUUCGCCGAAUUACAAAGUUUAGACGUUAUGCUCGGAGAAAUGUACAAAAAUUUAGACAGUAGUACAAAGGAAAAACCCGAUAUCUCGAAGCUACGCGCAUCUAUAAGAGAUGUCACGCACAAAAUGGACUUGGCUUAUGGCAUGAUGGGUUCCUUGUUUCGCAGUGGAAGUAGACAAACGUUUUUCAGCAGUCAAGUCGUCAGGUACGCCGAUCUAUAUGCGGCGACUUUCUUGAAUCUGAUUUAUUAUCCUUUUUCAUACAUGUUCAGGGCACCUGCUAUGCUGAUGCCACAUGAAAGUACGGUAGCACACGAACAAAGAUUUGUCAUGGAAACGCCAAUGAUAAGCCGUUCUAGAACAUUUAAAUUGGCAGAUGAGGAAGAAGAACAUAAUCGACCUUUUUCCAAGAAUUUGUAUGUGGAUCAUUUUAAUAGUCAAAUUCCACAUGCAAGACCAGAAACGCCGCGUAACGUUACGCAUACGCACGAUGAGGAUUGCAGUGAUGAAGAUAGUGAUUCACAGAAACAAGCUAAUCAAGGGAAAACGUGUAUAAAAAACGCAAAUUGUAAUUGAAAUAAUAUUUUAUUUCAAAUACGAGAUACUACUUUUAUCAUCUCAUGUAACUGAAAUAGAUUGAAAAUUGAAUAAAAUAUAACAUGUAGCUUAUUAAAUAAGAUAUAUCUUAUGUUUUAAAUAUGUCGGUUAUAAGUUGAAAUGCGAAUAAAACAUAACAUAUAGCUUAUUAAAUAAGAUAUAUCACGUUUCAAACAAUUAUAUAUAUGAAUUAUAAUAUAUAAUGACCUUGCGCGCAUUAACGUUAUUUAGUUCCAAAGUAUGUAUAUAGAAAAAUUUAUAUUUUUCAAAUAUCAUGUUAAUGCAAAAAUGAGAUUUGAUUUUCUAGUAGAUAAUUUUGCAAGACAUUCAUGUAACAAUUAGCGCACAACGCUCACAUUAUGAAACAUUUAGAUAUUGAAUUACACAAUAUGUAUUAGACUUUGUUUUAGCAUUGUAUAUGCUGAAUAACUUUACAUUUUAUUAUUAAGAGUUAAGGAGUAUUAUAUUAAAAAAAGUGUUGAUAUAGUAAGAAAUAUUGACGAUAUUAAACUUAUUCUAAAAUUGAAUACUAGCCCACUCUUUUUAUAUGUAAUACAAGCUUAUAUAUUGAAGCGUGAAAAAGAUGAAAUAAAUACCAGAUGUAGCAAACCCCAAAUAAAUUGUGGUUUAAGUUAGUAUGUACAGAACAAAAAUAUACGAUUGUAUUCUUUAAAUCAA